UAUCGAGUGCGCAUGAGUACCCAGAUGUGGCAGCAGCAUCAUGGCUCUUUGGAAUCUAUGCGAGAGUGGGCCAGGGACUGCAACAAUGCUCAUUUUCGUGUUGUUGGCUGGGCUGCCAGCUUUUCUACAGGCAUUAAAAAUGUCUCCACUGAUAGAGACGGUCAGUGAUCACAAGGACUUCAAAAAACUCCUCCGAACGAGAACCAAUGUCCUCAUUCUCUAUUCCCAAUCAGCUGCUGCAGGUGAAAGCCAGCUCAAGUUUCUCUCUGACGUGGCACAAGCUGUGAAAGGCCAGGGUACCAUUGCGUGGGUGAAUUGUGGAGACUCUGAAGGACGAAAGCUCUGCAAAAAGACGAAGGUCGACCCCAGCUCGAAGAAAAAUGGAGUUGAAUUGCUGCAUUACAAAGAUGGAACCUUUCAUACAGAAUAUAACAGACCUGAAAAAUACAAGUCCAUGGUCGCUUUUCUAAAGGAUCCAGCUGGGGCUCCACUAUGGGAAGAGAAUCCAGAAGCCAAAGACGUCACUCACAUUGAAAAUGAGAAGGAAUUCAGAAAGCUGCUGAAGAAGGAAGAAAGGCCAAUUCUAAUGAUGUUUUACGCUCCAUGGUGUGGCGUGUGUAAGAGAAUGAUGCCUGUGUUCCAGCAGGCAGCCUCCGAGGUCAAGGGUUCAUAUGUGUUUGCAGGAAUGAACGUGCACCAGUCAGAGUUUGAAGGGAUCAAGCAGGAGUUCGGUGUCAAGGGCUAUCCCACCUUCUGUUACUUCGAGAAAGGAAAGUUCCUCCACCACUACGAAAGCUAUGGGGCAACAGCAAAGGACAUAGUGGAGUGGAUGAAAGGCCCUCAGCCUCCGCAGCCCCAAGCUCCAGAGGUGGCGUGGUCUGAACAGGGCUCUGCAGUGUUCCACCUGACUGACGACAAUUUCCACCAGUUCCUCCAGGAUCACCCUUCAGUGCUGCUCAUGUUUUAUGCCCCCUGGUGUGGACACUGCAAGAAGAUGAAGCCUGAAUACGACGAGGCUGCUGAGGUCCUCAACAAGAACCAGGAUAGCCCAGGUGUGCUGGCAGCAGUCGACUCCACAAUCCACAAAGCUGUAGGGGAGAAGUACCACAUCUCCGGCUUCCCUACAGUCAAGUACUUUGAGAAUGGAGAGGAGAAAUACACCCUGCCCCACCUCCGCAGCAAGGACAAGAUCAUUGAGUGGCUUCACAACCCCCAGCCCCCCCCUCCACCGGAGCAGUCCUGGGAAGAGAAGCCGUCCAGCGUCGGCCACCUGGGGGCGCAGGAUUUCCACGAGUCCUUGAAGAAGAAGAAGCACGCGCUCGUCAUGUUUUAUGCUCCAUGGUGCCCGCACUGUAAGAAUGCAGUCCCCCACUUCACAGCCGCCGCGGACCUGUUUAAAGAAGACCGAAAGAUUGCUUAUGCUGCUGUGGACUGCACCAAAGGGCAGAACAAUGAUCUCUGCAAACAAGAAAGUGUCGAGGGUUACCCGACCUUCAAUUACUACAACUAUGGAAAAUUCAUUGAGAAAUACAGUGGAGACCGAGGGGAGUCGGGAUUUAUCGGCUUCAUGAAGACACUACGAGGGAAGGAUCAGGAAAAGGUGGGCAAGCGGAAAGAAGAGUUGUAACAGAAUCUGUUGGGAGGAAGGAGCCUACCACUGCACUGUGAAUGAUCGGAGCCCAGCACUACUGUAACCAGGGACUUGACACCUUCUUCACAGACACAGCUUUUUAUACACAGUCAGCAGUUUGGACGAUAUUUCUAAUACAAUCCGACCAUUUUGAGAUUACUAUUUUUUUAUUUUUUAAAUGACCAUUUCCAAAGUGCUCCAGUACUACAUGUUACCUAUGCAAAACGUUAUUGUUUCCAGUUGUGUCUGCGGGUGGCUUUUUAAAUGUGUUUCUCUUUACUGGGUGAAGCGUUUAAGUCAAAUGUGUGUUUCUACAGGAGUAUGCACUAUUCAAAAAACAGGUUUUGUUAGAGGCCCCAACAAUUUACAAAAAAUCUAAAAAUAAAAAUGGGUGUAAAAUUGUAAAGAUUCUGGUGAUGUGUGAAGCUAUUUUUGCAUGAAUAAAAUAGUUUAAAUUUAA